GGGGUUGGCCGCUAAAAACUUUUAGCAGAUGGCGCUAGCAUAGCUUUAACCUGUCAAAGUUGUUUUGAAUUCCUGUGUUUACUUCGAGCUUUUUUUUUCAACAAGUUACUACGAUGGACGCUUUAAAACAAACGUAUUCGACAUGGCGGAUAUGUGAACUAAAGGCGGAAUUGAAAAAACGAGGUGCAUCGCUUAAAGGAAAGAAAGCAGAUCUUGUUGAAAGAUUGGAACUGUAUGACCAAAAUUUUAAUUUUGGGAAUACUGCCAUUCCAGAAAACGAUGAUCCUUCAAUGCAAGUUCCUGAUGCCAACACAUAUUGGGAUAUUAAUAGUAAUACUAUGUUGCCACCGCUAAAUGAAUUGCAUAUAAGGCAAUACUUUUGCUUUACUAAUAAAAAACUGGAUGAAGCUAAAACAUUAUAUGAGUCCAGAUACCUCAUCCUUGCGAGAGCUUCAAAUGUAGGUGACACCACAUUUAUUAAAGGAGUCUGUAAAAAAACCAUGAAAGCUCUACAGUAUGAAGUCCAUGUGAAGUUACACCAAAAUGGAACUCCACAAGAAUCUCACUGUGAAUGUCCUGCAGGAAGUGGUGUUGAGGCAAAGUGCAAGCAUUUUGGUGUACUUUUACAUGGUAUCGCACACAUGGUUAGGGACAAGGUUGUAUUGCUACAUCAAGUAUGUACACAGCAACUGCAGACAUUUCAUGUCCCUAAAGGGCCCUUUACGGCAUCUCCAUUAGUAGCUCAUAAGUUACCAAAAAAGAAGCCAGCUAAAAAAUUUACCCCUUACCCAGUUCAAAAUAUUUGUAAAGAAAAUUACAAUACAAAAUUUCGUAGCCUUAUUUUAAAUUUUCCAAAUUCGACAAUGCCUUUCAAACAGUUGUUUGAACCAGCAAAUCCUUACGCUAUUGUAUGGGAUCAUGCAUAUACAUCCAAAAAUCCAGAAGAUGAAUUGCUGGAAAAGUUAAAUUUGUUACAUGUCACCAAUUUUACUAUUAAUAAUAUUGAAAAAAAUACAAGAAGACAAAAAGAAUCUUCAUUGUGGCAUGAAGAGAGAAAAUAUAGGAUUACUGCAAGCAAGUUUUACACAGUUUGCCAUUUAAGAGACUCCUCAAAGCCAGGUUUUAGUAAAAUAAUUUUAAACGAAAGAAAUUUCAAAUCAAGGGCAACAACUCAUGGCAUUUUGAAUGAGUCAGUUGCAUUAAAGGAAUAUGUAAAAAAGUAUGAUGUCAAUAUUGAACCAUGUGGCCUGUUUAUAAAUAAGGAAAGGCCCUACUUAGGAGCUACUCCUGAUGGUCUACUAGGUAAUGAGACCAUCAUAGAAAUUAAAUGCCCAUACACUAGUAGGAAUAAAAUGAUUUCACCUGUUACUGUACCCUAUCUAGUGUACGAUAAUAUUAAUAAAACAUUAGUGAUAAAAAAGAGUAGUCCAUAUUACUACCAAAUUCAAGGCCAGUUGUAUUGCACUGAAAAAUUAUAUUGUAAUUUAAUUGUGUACACAUAUAAAGAAAUGGUUGUAAUUUUUGUUUCAAGAGACAAUGAAUUUAUUAACAACAUGUUAAAUAAAUUGGAUAAUUUUUAUUAUAAUUAUUUUAAAGCUGAGAUUUUAAAACAACUAUUAUAUAAUGAGUAUGAUUUAAUAAAGAAAAGAAGUCAAUAAGG